AUGACUGGAAAGGCGAAGCAGUCUCCACGUAUUACCCCGAAUAGAAAUGCAGAAAAAAGUGCAACCACGUCAUCAAAAAAGGUCACACCAACAGGAAAAUCUGCUUUGAAGUUAAAGAACUUAUGCUCCGUAACUCCGCCAACUCGAAAUGCAAAUACAAAAGAAGAAGAAAAAGUUGCAGAGCCAUUAUCACAAAUAGAAUCAAGAAUAAGAUGUGAACUUCGCCUCGAAAUGUUAAUUAGAAUGAGAGAAAUGCAAGAUUAUUAUGAAUCAAAAAUAGCCGAUCUAACUGAAGCAAUGGACGCUGAUUCCUAUACAAUUUCUGCGCUAUAUGAAAACGGUCAAUCUGAAAGUGAUUCGUCCAAGAAUAAAGUGAAUCCAGAAAUUCUCGAAGUGACCAAGGAAAUUGAAGAAUCUGUGGCUAAAAGAGAGGAAUAUUUCAAACUUCUUGAUGAGAAAAAGAGGCAUAUUGCUGUUAUUAAUCAAGAAAUUCAAGCAACAGAGGCGGAAAAUUUCAAGCUCAGAGAAGAAAGAAACAGAUUACAGAUGAGAGUCGACGCAUUACGUAAGCAAAAGCAAGAUGAAGAUCUUAGGAUCAAUGCUUCCAAUGAAGAGCAAAAAAGAAAAGAAUUUCUUGCAAAAGAAUGCAAGAAUGAAGAUAAUGACCAGGCAACAAAAUCCGAUAAAGAAUCAUCUACUUCCUUGGCACAAAAGAAGACUUCUAAGAAAUCUGUUGAGAAGCAAAGCUCAAUGAAGGAAGAUUCUCGUAAAGCAAACCAGAAUAAAGUUCUUUCGCGUGAAACUUCGAAAGCAGAUAAGGUUAAGAAACCUGAUAAUGUUGGUAAGAGUGAAAACUCUAAAAGUGAGCAAAAUUCCAUAGAUUCGAGCAAAAAGGUUUCCAAAGAUGUUUCUGCCAGAAAAAUAAACGAGAAUGCAUCGCGUAGCAGAACUAAAUUAGAUACAGUCGGAGAAUUCAAUCAAAAGCCUUAUCAAAUUAAAAUUACUCCUCAACUUGUUCACAAAGCAAAGAAAAAUAAGGAUUAG